CCCGAGGCGGUGAAACUUCACCGGAGAAAGAAGAAACAAGAGAAUGGAGAAGAAGCGGAAAAGGAAGCAAGCGGCGGAGACCGUCAAGCCAAAGGCAAAAUCCGUUCGGGCGGGUCAAAUCCAAACGGAGAAUCCGAAAAACCCUUUCCCUUCACACAGUGCACCGACUCCACAAGAAUGCCUCGCCAUACGCGACACUCUCUUAACCCUACACGGCAUUCCUCCAGAACUCGCCAAAUACCGCAAAUCCCAACCAACCGAUGACACGGCGCCACCGGAAACCGUUCUCGACGGUUUAGUUCGAACAAUACUCUCGCAGAACACCACGGAAAGUAAUUCCCAGAAAGCUUUCGGUUCUCUCAAAUCGUUAUUUCCCACAUGGGAACAUGUGCAUGGUGCUGAGUCUAAGGAGUUGGAGAAUGCUAUUCGAUGUGGUGGUUUAGCACCGACUAAGGCUUCGUGUAUUAAGAAUUUGUUGCGGUGUUUGUUAGAGAGAAAGGGGAAAUUGUGCUUAGAGUAUUUGAGAGGUUUGUCUGUUGAUCAAGUUAAGGCUGAGCUUUCUCUUUUCAAAGGAAUUGGUCCCAAAACAGUGUCUUGUGUGUUGAUGUUCAACCUUCAGCUAGAUGAUUUUCCCGUGGACACUCAUAUAUUUGAGAUUGCGAAAACCAUGGGUUGGGUACCGGCUGUUGCAGACAGAAACAAGACAUACCUUCAUCUAAACCAAAGGAUCCCAGAUGAACUUAAGUUUGACCUGAAUUGCCUUCUGUAUACUCAUGGAAAGCUCUGCAGUAAAUGCUCCAGUAAAAAGGGAAACAAGCAACAGGAGAAAUUCAAUGAUAACUCGUGUCCUUUAUUAAAUUAUUAUGAAGAGCCAGUUUGAGCUUUUGAAUUCUGCAAAGAAAUUAUUUUCAGUCUUUUGAUUCCUAGUUCAGUAUGGACACUCUGAUCUUCUAACUAUGUAGAACCCUUGUGAUAUAGACUUAGGCAGGCUAACAAUUUUUUGAAAAUAGUCGGAAGAAAGGCUUACAAUUUUGUGAUGGUGCAUGAAAACAUGUGUAGGGUUUAAUUUGGAUUGUGUGACAAUUGAUCAAUUUCGAAAUCAAUUAAUGACAAGGAUAACAUAGGUCAUGAA